GUCGAGCAGUGCCCCCCAGUCGUCGUUGCCCGCUCCGCUUCUCCGCCGCGCACAGCCCGCUCCUUCCGCUGCGCCCGCUCUAGAUCAUAUACGCACCGCUCUCUCCUCGCUGCGAACCGCGCGGAGAUUCCUCUUUUUGACGCCGUAACAGCCAGUCCGCGACCAUGGAAGGCCAAGUGGUGGAACUCACGGAGGCCGAGCAGGCCCAGCACCAGCUGCAGAUGGAGCAGCAGCUCAAGUCCUUCUGGGCCAAGCAGCUCCUGGAGAUGGAGCAGCUCGAGGUCGGCAGCGAGCAAGACUUCAAGAACCACAACGACCUGCCGCUGGCGCGCAUCAAGCGCAUCAUGAAGUCGGACGAGGACGUCCGUAUGAUCAGUGCCGAGGCGCCCGUGCUGUUCGCCAAGGCCUGCGAGAUGUUCAUCCUGGAGCUGACGCUGCGCUCGUGGGGCUACUCGGAGAAGAACAAGCGGCGGACGCUGCAGAAGGAGGACAUCCAGACGGCCAUCAGGAACACGGACAUCUUCGACUUCCUCGUGGACGUUAUCAACUAAGCGGGCGUCGGAAUUGGACGGCCGACGGGACUUUUGAGGUCGAGUCGAGGUGGCAAUCGGUUCUUUUUAGACGGGUUCAGACCAGACACGCGAAGAAGAGGAAGAGAUAUUGCACCUGUGUGAGUCCGAGAGAGCU